ACGUGAGAGCGCGCCAGCCUCUGACGAACUCCAACUUUUGCGCCGCGGGAGUGUCUGGAUCGCAAUCACAACACAACACACCGGCCACUACCAUGGCUUCCGAUGGAUCAGAGUCGCCUAGCAAAUCGAAGCGCUCCCGCGCAGAAAUGGAGGCGGAAGACCAGGUUAUGAAGGAGCCUGCUGCGCAAGCAGACGACGACUCUUCCUCCGACGAUGACGACUUCGGCCCUGCCCUCCCCUCGUCCGCGCCCAAGAAGAAGAAGCGCAAGCUGCCGUACGAGAAGCUCUACAUUGCCGCGCUGCCUGCCGCCCCACGCUACUCCAAGUCGCUGAUGCACCGCGACCAAUUGUGCUUCACCACCUUCACACCGUACACCGACUUCCUCAUCACAAGCUCCAUCGACGGCGUCGUCAAGUUCUGGAAGAAAGAUUUCGGCGGGAUAGAGUUUGUGAAAGAGUUCAAGGCGCAUACGGGCGAAAUACGGUCGGUCAAUGUCAGCGCAGAUGGGCGCAGUUUCGCGACGGCGGGGUCGGACAACACGGUUAAGAUAUUUGAUGUUACUACGUUCGAUCUCCUUGCUAUGCUGAGCUUGGACUACAGCCCGCGGGCGGUGUGUUGGGUGCAUGGCCGCGGCGCAAGCUUCCCCCAGCUGGCUGUGAGCUCAGAAGACAAUGCCUGGAUCAGGAUAUACGAUGGCCGGGGCGAGAAUCUGGAGCCGCUGCACACGCUGAAAAAUAUUCAUCGUGCGCCUGUCAGCAUUAUGGCGUACAACAAUGCAUACGACUGUGUUGUGAGCGUCGACCAAGGCGGCAUGGUGGAGUACUGGAGACCGUCCGGGGACUUUUCGAAACCCGAUAACGUCUUCUCGAUGAAGUCCUCCACCAACCUGUUCGACUUCAAAAAAGCGAAAUGCGUGCCAUCGACCCUCACAAUCUCCCCCUCAGGCCACCAGUUCGCAACCCUCUCCUUUCCGGACCGCAAGAUCCGCAUCUUCGAUUUCCCCACCGGUAAACUACACCGCACAUACGAUGAGUCUAUUGAGACCAUCAACUCCAUGCAACAAGCCGGCACCGCCGUACAGGCUCUCGAAGACAUCGAGUUCGGCCGCCGGCUGGGCGUCGAGCGAGAGCUGGACACCCCCCAACUGCGCGCACGGCAAAACGUCAUCUUCGACGAAACCGGCAACUUCAUCCUCUACGGCUCCAUGUACGGCAUCAAAGUCCUCAACACGCUCACCAAUAAGCUCGUCAAACUCUACGGCCGCGAGGAGCCCCUGCGCAGUCUAUGGAUCAGCCUGUACCAAGGCGCGCCCGACGCCAAACGCGUAACCACCGUCGAAAUGGCGGCCUCGGAGAACCCGCUGCUGCAGGAAGCCGAGGCGCGCGACGCCAUGCUGGUCAGCACCGGCGUGGGGAAAGUGCGCUUCUACCUGUACACCAACGCGACCCUAACCUCCAAGGACCGCGACAUCCACAACGAGAAACCCGCCGCGUCCUCGCGCUCCAAGACCUCCGAUGCCCAGGCCGCCGCCGCAACAGGCACCACCGCGACCCUGCACACCACCCUCGGCGACAUCACGCUGCGCCUCUUCCCCGACGCGGCGCCCAAGGCCGUCGAGAACUUCGCCACCCACGCCCGCAACGGGUACUACAACAACGUCAUCUUCCAUCGCGUGAUCCGCAAGUUCAUGAUCCAGACAGGAGACCCGCUCGGGGACGGCACGGGCGGCGAGUCGAUCUGGGGCAAGGAUUUCGCGGACGAGAUUGGCGUGCUCAGGCACGAUAAGCCGUAUACGCUGAGUAUGGCGAAUGCGGGGCCCGGGACGAAUGCGAGUCAGUUUUUUAUCACGACGGAGAAGACGCCCUGGCUCGAUGGGAAGCAUACGAUCUUUGGCCGCGCGGUGCAGGGUAUGGAUGUGGUGCACCGGAUUGAGAAUGCGAAGUGCUACAAGGAGAAGCCCGAGGAGGAUAUCAAGAUCAUCAGUAUCUCGAUUUCGUGAGUGCUUGACACGUGCCAGGGCGCACCUCGUCGCACUCUAGUACCACAUGAGGGGGAUGUGUGGACAGACCAUAGGAGAAUAG